AAGAUCAUUAAGAUAGAAUCACACAAAAAGUCGAGGUGAAGAGAUUCUCCAUGAAUUAAUAUGAAGUAUAUUGUUUUAUGUUUUCCCUUAAUUUUCUUAGCUGCCGCAAAAGAACUUGUGAAUAACUUUCAAAAAUGGAGAACACAUUGUUUAUUCACAGAAGAGGUGCAAUUUCGAAGUAGAAGUCGGUUGCAAUGCGCAGCAAUGUGUGGGGAAACAGGUUAUUUUGACGUCUUUCGAUAUAGAAAAGGCAAGUGUUUUUGUGCAGAUAGUAAUGGGGGAUUCAGCCAUCAAACGACGCUCGACGUUCGCAACGUUUACGUAAGACGGAAUCCUCAACCGACUAAGAAUUUCACUUCUCUGUGUAGACACGACCCCCUUAAAAACGCUUCAUCAACUGGACCGCACCGGACAUCGUGCAAGAUCGAUGCCUCCAUAAUACUGCCCAGCAGGAAGCUAGUCCUGUUUAGUAACAGUCUGGUCCUUAUGUAUGGCAGUUACCAUGAUUUGGAAAAAGGACCAUACAGCUCGCGUCGUAUUUCAGACUUAUUUCCAGGAAUAGUGGGGCCAAUUGACGCUGCAUUUGAUGACAAUACAUAUGUUUAUAUUGUUCAAGGUUUAUUUGUCUAUACAUAUCCCAUUUCAACGGUUUUGAACGAAACAUCGGCUGCUUGUCUUCAAAAUGAAACGAUUUCUAGCAUGUUCAAUCUUCGAUUUCACCACCGUUUUAUUAACUCCAUGGACUGUGUAACUAAAAAUGGCGAUAUUUUGUAUGUGUUCGCUGAUGACUACUUGUAUAUACAUGACAUCGGAACAAACCCAACUGCAGUGGAAUGGAAAUCAAACAGCGCCAACAAUCCAUUCAAAUCAACCAAUCAUACACCGUAUCCUCAUGAAGUCGACGCAUGCGCAAAAGCAGAUUCACAAAAGAUGUUGUUCUUUUCUGGAGAAAACAAUUUGAUUUUUGAAUUUUCAAACAAUUUAGGAUUUUGGAGCCAACGAAAUCAAACAAUGUGUUGACAUUUUUUUCACAACACAAUUUUUGAUUGCGAAAUCAUUUUCUCUUUUUAUACCAAUUGACUUAACUGUUUAAGCAUAUUUACUGUUUAAUAAAGAGUUACCAGCGAGACAUCACAAAAAACAUUUAACAAUUUUAUAUGUGCUUUUAUGUAGGGUAUUUUCGUAUCCUGACCUUCGUGAUUAUUUAUAUUUUUUUAAUGUGUGCAUUUUUUUUCAAUUCAUUUGCAUUACUAAAUCCACAUAGAUUGCUGUGAGUGUUUAUUUUAAAAAAUAUGUGCAUUUUGUUUGUUUGUUGCUUAUAAAUAAUCUCCAUAUCCCAUAGUUUAACAUGGGAUGACAAAUGUCUAAAUACU